GCAAGAAGGGUCCUUCGUGUCACGUCGCACUCACCUCGUCUCCAGCGCUAUAAGACAGUUGCCCAACACACUUUCCAACUGCGUCGAACAUCAGUCAGCGAACAUCUCCAGUCCAGCAUCACCAUCAACGUCAAUACCUAAAAGCGUUUCGUCAUGGUUCGUGCCCAGCAGCCAAUUGACGGUCCAGUCGACUCUUACGCCGUCGACAAGCGAGAGCAAACCGGCCUUCUCACGCGUUUUGUUCCCGACAAGCUCAAGAACACCUCUUUCUACCGCUGGUUGUUGCGUCUCACCCGCGUUCUUCAGCUUGUCUCGUCCGCCGUCUCUCUCGGCAUCUUCAGUCAGCGCCUAUACAAAGUCUACCGUCUCGUCAACAGUGUCAAGACACGACGCGGCGUGAACGGUGCCUAUGGCGCUGUGGAAGGCAUCCUUGCUGCUGCUGUGCUAUAUACCCUGAUCACUAUGCUGCUGUCCUGCAUCAAGAAAUCCGCCAACCCCGGAGGUAGAACAUUGAGGUGGAUCUGGGUACUUCUCGACCUGCUCUUUGUCGGUGCAUUCAUCGCCGUCACGGUCUUGACACGCCCAGAUGGCGGCCUCGCUGGCGCCAGGCACUGCUACAACCCUAGGCGUCUUGCGAACGGCACAAACCCUAGCACUAUUACUGGCGAGACAGCAAGCCGCGAUGACUCUUGCAACUUGCCUUGGGGUACUUUCAUCUUGGCCAUCAUCAGCACCCUCCUGCACGCUAUCACCGCCUCUUUCCACGAAAUUAAGGACUAUCGCCGAAGUCACAGGCUCGAACAGGAAAAGGCCGCUCAGCAGCACAACGAGAUGGGAGCUGACGGCGCUCGUUAUUGAGCGUGCAUCUACCGGACGUGCAGACAAAAUGGCUUGCAUAAUUCUCUCUUCUCCUCAAUCUGCGACUAAACAAGCACGGUUUUGUAAAGUGGAUUGGUUGCAGCCUUAGUAUAAUGCUUUUCCACGAAAUUCAUGUUUAGCGAUGGCGUAAUUAGGUCGGGUAUCUCUACCUACUGGGCAAGAGUCUUCAGUAUGAAAUUAAUACGAUACAAAGUAAUCACUUCCAUUCAU